UCGUGAAUAUAGCGGUGUAGCAGAGAGUGUUCGCCCAUACUGUAAUUCACACAGCGCUCGCAACGACGCUCCCUCCGCUCCAUCCUCAAACACUGCAGUCAUGUCUGACUUCACUGAGGAUCAGAUUUGUGAGUUUAAGGAGGCCUUCCUCCUGUUUGACCGAACAGGAGAUGGGAAGAUCAUGUACAGUCAGUGUGGGGAUGUGAUGCGUGCUCUGGGGCAAAACCCUGUCAAUGCUGAGGUCCUCAAAGUCCUGGGCAACCCCAGUAAUGAAGAUAUGAACAUGAAAAUGCUGGACUUUGAGCAGUUCCUGCCCAUGCUGCAGGCCAUCGCUAAGAACAAGGAUCAGGGUUCCUUUGAGGACUUCGUGGAGGGGCUGCGGGUAUUUGACAAAGAGGGAAAUGGAACGGUGAUGGGCGCCGAGCUUCGACAUGUCCUUACUACACUGGGUGAGAAGAUGACAGAGGAAGAGGUGGAGACGCUCUUGGCAGGACAUGAGGAUGCUAAUGGGUGUAUCAAUUAUGAAGCAUUUGUGCGCCACAUUAUGGCUGGUUGAGGAGAGGGUACGGAUGGUCCUGUUUGUUUUUACUCAUUCUUGUCUCCUUCAGCUCCCUCUCUACUGCGUCCCCUGGCUGUAGCGUAGCAUGUAGCAUUUCUGCAUGUGCAUAGGCGUCUCCUGAAUCCCACUGUUGCCAUGAUGAUGCUAAAUUUGCUGGUCACCCUGAUGCCAACUUCCCCCAAAACAACCCAUUACCCUUUAUUCUAAAAUACAGUGUUAUAACUUCAAUAUUGUAUAUUCUCAUCCCUUUUGCUUGCAUUAGUUCUAAUAGGCCACAUACACACUGCAGCAAAAAAACAGUUAUAAAUCCACUUAAUAUGCUCUGUACAAAGCUCUUGGUCAUUUACGUGAAUGAUAACUAAUUCAUUUCUGUUUUUAAAUGUGAUAGUCACUCCUAAAUCUCUGCAGUGUGUAUGCAGCCACAGAAUAUAUGGCAGCUGAUGGUAUUGUGAAAGAAAAAUUACUGUUAGCAUCAUAUUAAAGGUUAAAAUGGUGCUAGUGUAGUAGAUUCGGGCUUAAUAGUUAAAAAUACACAUUUUUCGAUUUUAGUCAAUUUCUCAAUUUGAGAAUCAAUCUUUUAGUCAAUGCUGUUUUUAGUUGAUGUGUGAACAUAUCAUCUUCUGUGGAAAGAUAUCAAUAAAACAGCUUGUAAACAAUAUGUAAUGUUACAUUUAUCUCUGAAAAGCCAUUCGACCAUUGAUCAAGCUAUUGACCUUUAAUAGUAAUGUACCAACUGACAAGCUUCCCUGUAUAGCUUACAGCAUUAGUUAUGAGAGUUUUUUUUCUUGAGGAAAAUUGACAUGCACUGUACCUGAUAUACCCCAAUGAAUCAACAUCAAAUUGAAUUUAUUCAAGACUGUUAUUAAAUCAAAUUGCAAGCUUGUGAGUCAUAAUCGUAAUCAAAUCGUGGAAAUUGUGUAAACACCCAGCCCUAUCCUUUAUUUUUGAAAUUCUGCUGUUACCUUAGGAGGGUUUGUAAAGAGGUGUAUUGUUAAUUCUAGUUUUCAGUCCUGUCACAUUGCUGUUCCUGCUUUCUAUCUCUUUUGUACUUGUGUAUUUAUUUGUUCUCCACAUGCCUAUGUAAGGUAUGCUAACUCAUUCAAAUUUCCUUUAGGCCUGGACAAUCUCUUUUUCCCUCCCCUUUUCAUUCAAAUCAUCCCAGGGCUUCUGCAUUUCACCUCCUGUUGUUGCCAGGAAAUGUUACUGAACUACAAAUGCAGUCUGUUGUUUUAGUGCGAUCUGUGGUUGUUUAUGGAUCUGGAAUUUCUAGAACUUAAUGUGUUGUGUCCAUGGCAACAUUUGCUGAUCUACUGGGUUGAAUUUUCUUGGAUCACUGCC